AUGUGCUCCCAUGAGAGUUCUUUGUAACUUACCCAGUUUCUCCUACUAGUGGUUGUCCCAAUGGUGAGUGUGCUCCUUCUGGCCCCAUGCCUUCAAUGACACCACUUUCUUUGACUGUGGAGGAACUGGAAUCUGGAUAAUUGCCAUAAAAAAACCAGUAUUAUCACCCACUCCUUACCAGAAAUUGAAUCCUCAAAACAGAGCCUUCUGGCACCACUACAAAAAAUAGAUGCCUUCUACCAGGAGCUGCACAAACCUACUUAAAGCAAGACCAUCAUCUAUCAACAGUGGAGUUGCCCUUUCUCUGUCCCAAAUGACCUUCAAAGAAUAUGCUCUGGUCCUGUUCUGCUUCAACUGGAUAUGUUAUGCUCACCAAUGGUGACUGGGCUUCACCUGCUGCUGCAUGUCUACUUCCACAGCAUGUGGAACAUCAACAAGUUCCUGUCACAACAGUGUAGCCAUGCCAUGGCCAUCCUUGAGCUGUUUGAGAAGCAGAAUGGCAGCCUGUUGCAACACUACCUCAUAAUGGCCAUGGUGCAUCUGGACUGUGCCUCUGUUAUCCUGAACUAUCUUUAUGGGAGCAGAACAGGCCCAGUGCAUGGGUUGCCCUAG